AUGGCAGUUGUAGCCAGAGUCCUCUCAAAGGACAAGGGCAGAUGUGGCUGCCUCAUGUGAGCUGCACACAGUGUGCUCCCAGCCUGCCCACUGGAGGGGUGGCUCCCAUCAUCAUCUGGACCAUGACUGCUGGCGACAAGUGGCAGCAUGUGUCAUCGCCUUCACCAGCCCAUCUCCAGCAGCACAAUCAGUCCUCCCAGCUUGUCCUCUGGGGACCAGCCAUCAUGGCGAUGUGGUGGCACCAUCCCCAGGCAGCCGACCAUCCUGGGCUUCUCUUUGGGCAGGCCUGAG